AUGCUGCGAGCUUGCAGGCACGGCCUUCACUCAGAUGAGGCCACAGAAUCUCUUGACUUCUACUUCACAUCAACUGAACAAUCAAUGGAUUACGUUGCCGACCGUCCACGACCACGGCGCAAGGCCGUGGUGACUUCGGGUGCGAUGCAGGAGUCCGCGGACGAUGAGAGCGACGUGGGUUCCAGCGUUAACGUCGAAGUUAACGUCGAAGAGCAGCCUACCAAACUUUAUCCGCGGUCCUCGACGGCAAGCUCGAAUGCCAUGCACGACUCGGACCAGCCGUACGAAGUUAAGGUUCCCAAGAAGUACAUCAAGCAGUUCCUGAAAAAGGAGCUGCAGGAGGCCGGCGCGUGCAUGGCACUGCCGAUCGUCAUCCUGAUGUUCGCCUGCUUCUGCCUGGGCACCGUCGGCUCCACGAGCCACUUCAAGACCGAGCAGCUGCACUCCCAGGACUACGCCAUCUCGUUCGACAUCGAGGAGAACGCCAACUUCGCCUUCGCGGGCAGCAUCCCCUUCGAGAUCGGCCGCAUAGGCUGGAAGAACAUUUACGACGUGAACUCGGUCGCGGAUUUCUGGUCCUGGCUCAACUUGGGGUUGCUGCCCAUCUUCUUUCCGGCCGCGCGCAGCUGGGACACUUCCGAGAGCCGCUCCAACGUCGCAGCCCAGUGCGAGUCGUUCAAGAGCUCCCUCGAGGUGGCGCCCGCGCCAGGUUUCUACGGGGGGGCACGCACGCCCCGAACUCCGUGGGGCUCUCGGCGCCCGCGCGCCCAGAGGCCCAACGGGCAUGUCCGCGGCGGGCUGCUGGUCCUGCAGCUCGUUGCCAGCAGCACGGAGGCAUGGCUGGACGUCCUGACGUGCGGCGUCCCUGAGCUGCCGGACUGCUCGAUCGACGUCACCGCGUCCAGCCAUGCCCCCACGCCGCUGGCAGAGAGCUCGGAGACAGACAGCUCGGACGCGGGCAUGCCCGCGAGGCCAGAGCUCACGGCGGCCUUGGCCAACACCACCCGCGAGGGCGGCGCCGCAGAGAGCGAGGGAGCGCGGCAGUGCACUCCGCGCCCGCAGGCCGCGCCGCCCGCGCGCCAGAGCGGGGCACCCGCGCGCGAGGGCGCGUGCGCCAGGCCAGCCGGCGUGGAGCGGCAGGGCGCGGCAGAGCGCGGCUCCCGCACCGCAGUCGAGCGCGAUGGCGAGGACAUUGUUGCAGAGGGCUGGAGCAGCCUGCUUGCGUGCGCGGGAGCCACGGAGGGCCGUUGUCGCCGUGCCCACCGCGCGCGGCCGCCGGGGCUGGUGGCGUUCGUGGAGGCCACGGUCCGCGCGGCUGUGGGCGCCUCCACUGGCGCGGGUGCUGACAAGCUCACGGCGGCGGCGGCCGUGGCUGCGCUGGCGGAGGAGGCGCAGCUCGAGGGUUGCUGCGACGUUGAGCGAGGCAUCCAGGUCGACAGUGCCGAGGGCGACGUUGCCGCAGGCCCUGACAGGCCAUGUGUCCGCGGAGCCAAGCAGUUCGGUAAAGUGCAGCACGAUUUCGACGAGGUCGCGAAGUCUGGGGAGGAGCCGACGGCGGAGAGCGUCGUUGAGGUUUCCCCUGGGCGGCACACGACCGGGCCAAGUCCGCUCUCUUCUGGCCCGAUCUGCCGUGGGGUGGUGAACCAGGAGAAGGCCGUGAAUUUGAGGGGCGAGAAAGCCGUGAGGGGCGCGGCGUCGCCGUCGGAGGAGAACGUCGAGUGGAAAGCCACGUUCGAGGCCAACCAGGCGGCGCAUGCGAGAGUGGCCGCUGCGGGGGAGUGCCGACUUACCCUGUGGAGGUUCGAGCACGGCGUGCUGGAGCACUCGGGCGAGGGCAUCGUGCUGCAGGGGCCCGCGCGGGAAAUCGGCAAAGACAAGGCGAAACCCGUGGACGUCAUGGGCGACGACGAGGGCUUCAGCAAGCAACGGAGGAAGAAGAAGGGCGCUUUCGUCAAGGCCGCGGCGCGCGACGGCAUGAUCGAGGCCGCGUGUCGGCUGGCAAAGGUGGCACUUGAGGGCCCCCUUGACCGGGCCAACGCGGUCGCGCUCGACAACCCUCUGAGCGACGCUCAGCGAUUGGACAUGGCGCGCAGGCGGGGCUCACAGGUGGGGGAGGCCAUCUGGCGUGCGGUGGCCGAGGAGAUGCCGAAGGAGGAGCUGCGCGGGUCGGACACUGCGGCCGCCCACGAGCUCGCGGCGCCCCCCCAUCGGGCGCUGCUCUCCGCGCCGCCCGCCGUGGGCGCCCCGCGAGCGGCCGGCGGCCGGGCGCCCGGCUGCCGCGGCGGCCCUGGCGGAGCGGCGGAGGCGCGCAAGGCGGCUCGCGGCGGUGGCGACGCUGGUGGCGGGGGAGCUGCGGCCUUGGGGGCCGAGGUCGACGACGAGCUGGACGACGUCUGGGCGGACACGCUGGGUGGCGAAGUCGCCGUCGGCGCCGAGGCAUGGCCCUGCGUGCCCGUGGGGCGGCGGCGGCAGCUGAGGCUCGCGGCGAGGUCGGCCCUGGCGGCGCCUGCUGUUCUCCCCGCGGCCUCGGGGGCGGUUGCGGCUGGCGGUGCGGAGUUACGCAUCCAGCGCACUCUUCAGAACCAGAUGGCAGAUGUCACCAAGACCCUGCAGAACACAGUCGCCAACAGCUUCCAGGACAUCACCAAAGAGCUGGAGAGGCAGCUGGCGCCGCACGUGCAGAAGAUCGAAGAGCACACGCAGGAUCUCGCCAAGAUCAAGGCCUCCUCCGCGCACCUCGAGCAGUCGAACAAGCAGAUGGCAGACCAGAUCCGCGAGUUGCAGACCACACUGGCCCACGUGGACUCCUUGGGACGCAGCGACGCCCCUGACAUGCUGCGCCUCGCCGACUGGGACCGACCCGCGGACCCACAGCUAUUUGUUGCCAACUGCCACAAGCCGUGUGCACCAGCCGCCAUCCUCGACAGCUUGUCCCAGUGGCUGGAGGCGGCCAAGACCACGAAGGCACAGAUCACCAUCAACGAGAAGGAGCCCUCCAAGCGCUUCCACAUCCACGUGCCAGGCGCUGCAGAUGGCCGCGCGCGUGCUCUUCACCUCACCAAACACCUCAGAUGUGAAUCUGGACGGUGGCGUGACUUCUCUGUCCGUACUGUGGAAGGCAAUGACGAGAAGCUCUACAUCAACCCUGACAAGAACCCUCGGGCCAUACGUCAAGAAGUGCAAACAAAAAAGCUGCUGUCUAUCUGCAAAGAAACUCUCCCUGGUGACUGGUGGAUGCAACGCAGCGCUGGCAUCAUUCACUUCGGCACCACACCGAUCGCCGAGGUCAAACCACAGCGCCCUGAUGAACCGCCCCAGCUGUCGUGGAGUCCUGCAGCAAAGAAUGACCUGCAGCUCAACACCACGGCCAUAUCGAAUCAGUUCAAGGCGCUCUUCCGUGCGGUGAGCGACCACGCCAUCAUCGAACUCAAGAUUGAGCCGCGCAAGGAGACCGACAAGAACAACCAGAGCAUCCCCUCCUUCAUCUUCAGCACAAAGGACUACAAGGAGCAGCUGGCCACCUGCCUGGAUGCAUGCGACAUCGAUCAGCUGUCGCCCACGGAGCAGUGGGAGUGCGUCAAGCGGCAGAUGAUCCUGGCCGCGGAGGGUGCGCGGAACGCCGUCAUGCGGACCCCCAUCGGCGACAACUCCAGCAACGACAUCGAGGCCAGGUGCAUGGCUAUGCGAGCGAUCGCUCGAGCUGUAUGGCGUCAGGACCGCCGGCUGGCGACGCGGCUGCUGGAGCGCGCUGCUGCUGGCCCCGUCCACCUUCGGGUGGAAGGCUCCUCCGUGGCCCUGCGGGACGCGGCGCGCUUCGAGGCGGAGGUGCUCGCGCUCAGCGAGGAUGGAGCGGCCGAGGACCGCGCCAUGCGACUGCGAGCCUCCCAGCACAUUGCAUACCGCGAGCGACGAUCGCGGCGGCUGAGGUUCGCGCCAAUGAAGGUGUGCCUCGCCGUCCCGCUGUCGCUGUCGCUCCUGGCCCCGGCGGCCUUAGCUGCCGGAGGCGGGGUGACGCCAGUGCAGAAGGUUAUCCCAAGAGCUCAUGGAGAACAUGCUUGCGAAAGGGAAGAGAAGCACGCCGAGGAGGUGCAGUUCGCCGCCUACAAGCAAUUCUGCGACGACACCACCGUCGAGAAGGAGAACGCGAUCAGCGAGGCGGAGGAGAGGAUCGAGGUGCUCACGGCGGACAUCGAGAAGCGUCAGGCGACGGCGGCACAGUUGACCUUGGAGAUCAAGGAUCAUGAGGCUGACAUCGCCAGCUGGGACGGCGACAUGAAGGCAGCUGCGAAGGUGAGGAGCACGGAGAGAGCCGCCUACAGCGACGAGCACAAGGACGACCUGUCCGAGUCGGUGGACGCUCUCCAGCGCGCCAUCCAGAUCUUGAAGAAGCAGGCCUACGACCGAGGGCAGGCCUCGCUCGUACAGGUGCAGGCCCUGCAAAGCGACAAGCUCAUCCCAGACGAGGCCAAGAGGGCCAUCGCGGCAUUUCUGCAGCAGGACCCGCAGGAGAGCCUGCUCGCGAUCACGGCGCCGGAGGCGGCCGGGUACGAGUUCCAGUCGCACGGCAUCAUAGAGAUGUUAGCCAAGUUGCUUGACAAGUUCAUCAGUGAGCGCACCACGCUCGAGAAGGAGGAGCUGAACAAGAAGCACGCCCACCACCUCACGAUGCAGGACCUCAGCGCUCAGAGCGACCAGGCGAAGCAGGACGUGUCGGACAAGACGCAGCUCAAGGCCAAGAACCUGGAGAUGGCCGCGGACGCCAAGGCCGACCUGACCGAGACGCAGGACACGCUCGAGGCCGACAAGAAGUACUUGGCGGACCUCCAGGCCCAGUGCUCCCAGAAGGCCUCGGACUUCGGGUCCCGGCAGCAGCUCCGGGCGGAGGAGCUGGAGGCCCUCGCCAAGGCCAUUCAGAUCAUCUCCAGCGAGGGCGUCGCUGGCAGCGCCGAGAAGCACUUGCCCACCAUGGUGCAGGCCAGGGCCCCGUCGUUCGCGGCCCUGCGGACCGCCGCCGCGCCGUCGGAGAGCCAGGCGCGCGCGGCGGCGUACUUGCAGGAGCGCGCCGAGCAGACCGGGAGCCGCGUGCUCUCCUCGAUCGCGGCGCGGGUGCAGGAGGACCCCUUCGGCAAGGUUAAGAAAAUGAUCAAG